ACAGAUAUCGAGCUAGCGCGGUUGGUGACGUUCGCUUGUGUUACCUUGAAGGGGAAGUAUGGUGGAGGAUUUUUAUUUUAGAAAUAAUGAAAUAAAUUAUUAAGCGAACGCUCGCUGACCCAGUUACUUUCUAUCAGCUUUUCCUAGCCCUAGACUUCAUCAUCGAGGCUCGCCAAUCUUCGCCAUGAUACUCUUCGAUUGAUUGGGCGUUUUCUGCAUCACUUCGGAUUUUCUCUGGGCGCGGCGGAGGAGUUUCGCGAUUCUCAUCGGAAGGUUCGAUCUUCACCGAUCAUAUCACAUCUUCGCUCCGUGGUUCGAUAUUCCUGAUUGGUUGGGUCGAUUUCUUCAGAAACAGAUCCUGUUUCUCUCUGAUUGUUCCUUCCCGUUCGGAUUGUUGCUGCUACUAGUUCGAGAGGGUUGCUUCUGUUUUAGAUCCCUCUAAUAUUCAUCCAAUCCAAGGGCGAUGACGAUCUAAGCACUCUAAUUCGUGCUUUUGGAGGCUUCUGAACUUGGACGCUUGACGGAGUUUAGAUUUUCUUGAAUCUGAAAGUUGCAAUUUCUAACGAAGACGAAGACUCGGCAUCUGGCUGCGGGAAAAAAAUCAAGGAGAGCUCACCGUUUUGCCGGUUCGAUUUGUGCGAUCCUAUAUGAGUAAUUGACAAUAGGAGAAAAAGAAAAGAAAAGAGCUUCAAUAUUGUACUGAUUGUUUAGAAGUUUGAUAUCAGGCGCUCAUUUUAUCGAGGCCUUUGAUUAUAGUUUAUUUGUUUUUCGCUAUUGUGUUGCUGUUAUCCUUUUUCUUUAUAGAUUGAAAGAGAAAUAUACCAUGGCGGUGUAUUAUAAAUUUAAGAGUGCAAGAGAUUACGAUUCAAUUCCUAUGGACGGUCCUUUCAUCUCUGUUGCUACAUUGAAAGAAAAAAUUUUUGAAUCAAAGCAUUUAGGCAAGGGUACUGAUUUCGACCUUGUGGUCACCAACGCCCAGACCAAUGAAGAAUAUCUUGAUGAAGCAAUGUUGAUACCUAAAAAUACAUCAGUGUUAAUACGUCGAGUUCCUGGACGGCCACGUUUACCAAUUGUUACUGAACAAGAGCAAAAGGUGGAAAAUAAGGUGGUGGAAAUUGAGCCUGAAAAGAGUAGCAUACCAACUGUUGAUGCAUCUUCCAUGAAAUAUCCUGAAGACUCUGAAUGGGAUGAAUUUGGCAAUGAGUUGUAUGCAAUUCCUGAUGUAUUGCCUGUUCAAUCGAGCAACUUAAUACCAGAGGCUCCUCCAACUACAAAUAAAGCUGACGAGGACAGUAAGAUUAAGGCUUUGAUUGACACUCCAGCCUUGGAUUGGCAGCGACAAGGUUCUGAUGGCUAUGGUAGGGGUUUCGGAAGGGGCAUGGGUGGACGGAUGGCUAGUGGACGUGGUUAUGGCUUGCAACAGAAAACACCUCCACCAGGUUACGUGUGUCAUAGGUGCAAGGUGCCUGGGCAUUUUAUUCAGCAUUGUCCUACAAAUGGUGAUCCAAAUUAUGACCUUAAGAGGGUGAAGCCACCCACUGGCAUUCCGAGAUCAAUGCUUAUGGCAGCUGCUGAUGGUUCUUAUGCUUUGCCAACUGGUGAUGUAGCUGUCUUGAAGCCAAACGAGGCUGCUUUUGAAAAAGAAAUAGAAGGCUUACCAACAACACGCUCUGUUAGUGAUAUACCACCUGAACUCCGGUGCCCCUUGUGCAAGGAUGUGAUGAAAGAUGCUGUACUAACAAGCAAGUGUUGUUUUAAAAGUUUUUGUGACAAAUGUAUCAGGGACUACAUCAUCUCCAAAUCUGUUUGCGUUUGUGGUGCAGCUAAUAUACUUGCAGAUGAUCUUUUACCAAAUCAGACGACAAGAGACCUAAUUAGUCGCAUAAUGGAGACAGGAACUACUAGCGCUGAAAAUGCUGGGAGUGCAUUUCAAGUUCAAGAUAUGGAGUCUGCUCGUUGUCCACAACCCAAGAUUCCUUCUCCAACCUCAUCUGCUGUGUCUAAGAGAGAACAAAAGGCGUCCCCUUCUGAUGAAGGAAAAACGAAAGUGCAGGAGACAGCUGAUGAUAGAAAGGCAUUAUCUGUGCCACAGAAGAUGUCGGAAGAUGUAAAGCCCACAAGAGCUGCUGAUGUAUCUGAAGCUACUCAUGAGUCAAUGACUGUAAAGGAACAAGCUUCACAAGGUAGUGCUCAGCUGGUUGAGGAAGAAGUGCAACAAAAGUUGGCUCCUAUUGAGGCAGCGAAGAAAAAGAAAAAGAAGAAAGCUCGUGUACCCAUUGUACCCACAAAUGACUUUCAGUGGAAAACUCCACAAGACUUUGGAGCUGAUAACUAUAUGAUGCCUAUGGCUCCGCCCCCAGGCUAUAAUCCAUACUGGAAUGGCAUGCAACCUGGCAUGGAAGGAUUUGUGGCACCAUAUGCAGGUGCAAUGCAAAUGAUGAAUUAUGGCUUAGGCCCCAUAGAUAUGCCUUUUGGGGGUGUUAUGCCUCAUGAUCCCUUUGGCAUGCAGAACUACAUGCUGCCUGUUGUUCCACCUCCAAGGGAUCUUGCGGAGUUUAGCAUGGGCAUGAAUGGCAUGAAUGGCAUGAAUGCUAUGAAUGCUCCCCUUCCGAUUAUGAGUAGAGAGCAGUUUGAAGCUCGGAAAGCUGAUCUCAGGAGGAAGCGUGAAAUUGAGAGACGUGGAGAAAGGGACAUGGCCAAAGAUCGGGAGAUUGGUAGGGAAGUGAACAGUGGUGGGGAUGUUCCUCCGAUAAAAUCAAAAUCUAAACCUACUCCACCGCCAUCGGGAACAUCUUAUAACCAUCACCACCGUAGUCGAUUGGACCGGCCAUCGCCAGAUCGAUCCUCGCGCGAGGUCGAACCUUCACGCUCUUCUAAAAGGAAAUCUGAGCACCACCUUGAUCGCGAUCGGGAUCGUGAUUACGACAACGAUCGUGACCGUGAUUUGGACCCUGACUAUGGCCAUCACCAUCGCCAUCACCCCUCGGAGUCCUCAUCUAGGCGCUCCUCUGAGCCGGUGGCGAAGAACUCUUCUGCUGCUGCUGCGGCGGCGGCGGCGGCGGCGGCGGCAGCUGCAGAUCGCAAGCACAAGGCCAGCGUCUUCUCUCGCAUAAGCUUCCCAGAGGGCGAGGUAACCAAGAAGAGGAAGCUCGCCACGUCAUCUUCUGCAGAACUAGCCAGUGGAUCGACGACUUCGGCGCAUCACAAGUCAGUAUCGAAUGGGUAUUAUGACGAUUACAAAUCGUCAGGGCCAGGGAAGGUCGUUUCGACUGGAAGUGGAAGGAGGAAGAGUGUGGACUACGAAUCCAGCGAUGACGAAAGGCAUUUCAAACGGAAGCCGUCUAGGUACGAACCGUCUCCGCCCCCUCCGCCACAGGCAGAUUGGGAGGAUGAAGGGAGGCAUAAGCGCAAGCACAAGUAGAUUCGAUUCAAACUCGCCAUUACUGCUGGAACUCACAGGCAGGAAUUUGAAGGCGAAGCGAGCAGCGGGAACUCGCCAUUACUGCUGGGACCUGAAGGCUCAGCGAGCUGCGAGAGCGAGCAAUCGUUCUCUUGGAAAUGUCGAUUGAAUUGUAGAAACUGUAAAAUAUGUCUGCUUUAUUUAACCAAAAAGGAAAUGUUUCAACUCUUUAAAUUUUUUAUAUAAGAAUCUCAUGUUCUUGUUAA